AUGAACACGCUUGAUGAAAAUGAAGUUCAAACUGUCGAAGAGCAUAUUAAACCACGUGAUAUCAUAGUUCAAACUGUCGGCAUGAAAGAAAUGCAGAAAAAUGAUGACGCGUUUUAUAUCAUCAAUCUUGGGGAGGUAGUUCGACGAUUCAAAGAAUGGCAGAAUGUACUCCCUCGAGUUCAGCCUUUCUAUGCUGUUAAGUGUAAUCCUCAUCCUGCAAUUCUGGCAGUACUAGCAGCACUUGGCACUGGUUUUGAUUGCGCGAGCAAGACGGAAAUUGAUGAUGUAAUGAGUAUGGGUGUUCCAGUGUCCCGUAUCAUUUAUGCCGUGCCUUGCAAGUCUAAGACACAUUUGCAAUUUGCCGAGGAGCGAAAUGUACGUUUGAUGACAUUCGACAACGAAUAUGAGUUAUACAAAACUAAAGAGAUUUUUCCAAAUGCAGAAUUAGUUAUUCGGAUUUUGGCUGACGACCCUAAUGCCUUGGAUCCAAUGGGUGAUAAAUUUGGAUGUGAUGUAAACCAUACAAGACAUCUCCUGAAUGUGGCUAAAAACCUUGGUCUAAAUGUUGUUGGCGUCAGUUUCCAUGUUGGUAGUUUUUGUGGAGAUGCAUCGGCGUAUGCAACUGCUAUAGGAUUGGCACGACUGGUGUUCAACUAUGCAUCUGAAAUUGGUUUCAACUUCACUCUCCUCGAUAUUGGUGGCGGAUAUCCCGGGACGGACAAUGGACCCAUUACCAUUCAAGAUAUAGCAGAGAAGAUCAACCAAUCACUGAAUGAACAUUUUCCAGUAGGGUGUGAUGUGAGAAUUAUUAGUGAGCCAGGACUGUAUUUUGUGUGGAGUGCAUGCACCUUAACCGUGAAUGUUAUUGGUAAACGUCUCAAAGAAAAAGAGACUUGUACAAAUAAAGGUGCAGCCGAUGACACUGUGGAACGCACACAAAAGGAAAGAAGUUUCAUGUAUUAUUGUAAUGAUAGUAAACACAUGUCAUUCGGAUAUAUAUUAUCAUGCAGUAAUUUGCAUUAUGCAAUUGUGCCAACAUUAUUGAAGCCUGCUCAAUCGAACACACCUAAAUUUUCCUCUUGUAUUUGGGGACAAACAUGUGAUGGCGCAGACUUGAUUGUUGGUCACUGUCUGCUACCAGAGCUGGACAUCGGAGACUGGAUCAUUUUUGAAGAUUUUGGUGGCUAUACCAUGGCUGUCGCAUCUGGAUUCAAUGGCUUCACAGCACCGAUAUGUAUUUGUAUGGCAACACAAUCAGUCUGGUCGUUCCUUAAACCACUUCUUGCGAAGGUUACAUUACUGACUAAGAAAAUGUAA